UGAACAGUGACUCGCUACAUGUUGGUUGGUUCACAAUGACAAUCAUCACCGAAGUAUUUUUUGCAUUACUAAUAUCAGGUUUAGUAAUAUUAUGGUUUCGUUUAAAAAACAAAAACAAGGAAUUUUAUGACAAGAUUCCUGGUCCACCCCCUAUUCCUUUUUUUGGAAAUAUUCUUGAAUUUACUUCUACAACCGUUGUGUUAGACAUAAUGAUGAAAUAUAUGAAAAUCUACGGAGGUGUUGUAAAAUUUCACGGGGGUCCCAUAGACAAAACUUUGUUAGUUUCUGAUUACAAUUUUCUUGAAAAUGUUUUAAGCUCUACGAAAAUUUUAAACAAAACUGACGACUACAAAUUCCUCCAUUCCUGGUUGGGCACGGGCCUAUUGACUAGCGCUGGACCCAAAUGGAAAAAACAUCGGCGAAUUUUAACACCUGCCUUCCAUUUCAAAAUCUUGGAGCAAUUUAUUGACGUUUUUGAAUCGGCCGGAAAUAAACUGGUCAAAAAACUGGAAAAAGUUGUAGGAAAAGACAGUGUUGAUAUUUACCCCUUUGUGACACUUUGUACCCUUGACAUAAUUUGUGAAACUGCGAUGGGUAUAAAAAUUAACGCCCAAGAUAAUGGUGAGUCGGAAUACGUGCGAAGUGUGAAACAAAUGUGUAAAAUCAUUAUUGAGCGGUCAUUUUCUCUCCUCCAAAUGAUUAAUUUAACAUACCCAUUGACGAAGAACUUCUACAUAGAAAAGAACGCGUUAAAAAUUUUGCACCAGCAGACAAACAGUGUCAUCAAUCAAAGACGCCAAGAAUUGAAAAAUCAAUCCAAAAACAUAGAGCAAGAAAACGAUUUGGGUACCAAGACCAGAAAGGCAUUUUUGGAUUUAAUUUUGGAAGCUACUGUGGAUGGUAGGCCCCUUACUGAUACAGAGAUACGUGAAGAAGUUGAUACAUUCAUGUUUGAGGGACAUGACACGACAGCUUCAGCAAUAAGUUUCGCUCUGUUCUGUUUAGCCACGCAUCCGGAAGUCCAAGCUAGAGCUUUAGAAGAACAGAAGGCUUUAUUUGGUGACACUAAAAACCCUACACCCACAUACACAGAUUUACAAAACAUGAAAUAUUUGGAGCAAGUCAUUAAAGAAGCUCUCAGACUAUACCCUUCGGUCCCAUUUCAUGGCAGAAAAACCAACGAAGCUGUGGAAUUCAAUAAUGGAACUGUUGUUCCCAAAGAUGUAACGAUUACUGUGUUUACAUACGGGAUUCACCGAAAUCCUGAAUAUUUUAAAGAUCCCGAGAAAUUUGAUCCCAGCCGAUUUGACACCAUCGAUGGAAAACUUCCAUAUUCAUUUAUUCCAUUCAGUGCUGGGCCCAGAAAUUGCAUUGGACAAAAGUUUGCCAUGCUAGAACUAAAAAGCACAUUGUCAAAGGUAGUAAGAAAAUUCGAGUUAAGGCCAGCCACUCCUGAGCAUAAAUUACAACUGACUGCUGAAACGGUUCUGAAAUCCGUAAACGGCAUUAAAAUAAGCUUAAAAUUGAGACAAUAUCGUCUGUUGUUGAAUUUGGUAAAAGUAGGUUACCAGACGCAGCAAUGCCGUAAUAAUUAUUAUUUGCAUGCUGCAGCGAGAGCGCUCAGCGGGUUUGUCAACAAAAACACCUUUGCAUGUGAUAAAACUUAUCAGUUAUCUCUAAAGAAGUGCAGAAUCAUUUUAUUCCACAAUCACACAAUGGCUCUUUUAACAGACGUUUUUCUUCCCCUCGUUAUAAUCCUUUUGAUAUUUUGGUACUGGUAUCGCUCACAAAAAAACAAAAAAUAUUAUCAGAACGUUGCGACGCCACCGACAGUUCCGAUUCUGGGAAAUGCUCUGGAUUUUACAACUACAACAGAAUUGUUGGGAACGUUUAUGCGAUACAGGAAGGACUAUGGAGGACUAGUCAAGGUGCAUAUUGGCCCUUUGAGACAUUUUUUGUUGGUAUCUGACUACAAAAUGUUGGAAUAUCUCUUGAGUAGUCCCAAGAUAGUAGAUAAAUCCGAAGAUUACAAAUUUUUAAGUAGUUGGUUGGGAACAGGUCUCCUGUUAGCGGAUGGAGGCCCAAAGUGGAAAAAGCAUCGCAAAAUUUUAACGCCAGCAUUUCAUUUUCAAAUCUUGGAGCAGUUCGUGGAUGUUUUCGAUUCUUGCAGUAAUGUUUUAAUACAGAAACUGGACAAAGAAGUGGGCAACACUAGUGUUGAUGUUUAUCCGUUUGUAACUUUGUUCACGUUGGAUGUUAUUUGUGAAAGUACCAUGGGUACGAAAAUCAAUGCACAAGACGAUGUGACCUCUGAUUACGUGCAAAGUGUCAAGCACAUGUGCAGAAUUAUAAUAGAGAGAUCAAUUUCACCGGUGCAGAUGUAUGAUUUUUUGUUCGUAUUUACAAGGAACUAUUUCAUACAAAGAAGGGCUCUACGAAUUUUACACGAUAAGGCUGAUGGUGUAAUUUCACAACGGUUGAGAGAAUUGCAAGCCCAGACGAAAACUGAUAGCGAGGGCGAUAGUGAGGGAAUAAAAAAGAAAAAAGCUUUUCUCGACCUGAUUUUGGAAGCUAAAGUCGACGGGAAACCCCUAAGCCAGGAUGAUAUUAGACAAGAAGUAGAGACUUUCAUGUUUGCGGGCCAUGAUACCACGGCCUCGGCUAUUAGUUUCACAUUGUAUUGCUUGGCCAAUUAUCCCGAGGUCCAGAAAAUGGCAUACGAAGAACAACUGAGUAUUUUUGAAGACAACAAUGAGCCCGAUGUGACUUAUGCCAACCUUCAGAGCAUGAAAUAUUUAGAACUGGUCAUAAAAGAAACAUUACGUUUGUACCCUUCAGUGCCAAUAAUUGGUAGACAAUCUGGUGAAGACUUCCAGUUUGACAAUUCGUGGAUACCUAAGGGAGACACAAUGUUACUUUUUCUGUAUGGUAUACAUAGAGACCCAAAAUAUUUCAAAGACCCUGAAGUAUUUGAUCCUAAUAGAUUUGAAAAUCCAGACAAUAAAAUGCCGUAUUCUUACAUACCUUUCAGUGCAGGACCGAGGAACUGUAUUGGGCAAAAGUUCGCUAUGUUGGAAAUGAAGUGUGUCUUGUCGAAAAUUUUAAGAAAGUUUGAGCUUCAACCUGCUGUUCCUCAACAUAAUUUACUGUUAACUGCCGAGACUGUUUUAAAAUCUGCAAAUGGUAUUAAGAUAGGCAUUAAGCUAAGAAAGUGAUAAUUAUUUACUUACAAUUUUCUUAUAUAUUUAAGCUUUCUUUUAUACUUAUUAAUUCAAAAUAAAUUUUUAAACAAA